AAGAAACAAAGAAAAACAAAAAAAGCUGUCACAAUGACGUGACGUAACCAAACCCGAUUGUCACAAACAAAAAUAAUUUUAACCGAAAAAGAUCUGAAAGCCCCAACAUGAAUAUUCCCGAAAUAAAGUCUUAUGAGGAACAGGCUAUAGACACAGUUGUAUCUGUGAUCAACCGCGCAAAGGAGAAGUUAGGGGUCCGACAGACUUUGAAGCAGCUUGCGAACAGCCGUGACUUCGCCUGCAAUGUCAAGCUUUCCAUGAAGCCCAUUGGGCCUCCUUUCGCGAUCACCAGUGAGAAGUUUAUCAACUAUGCGAUUGAGAAGAAAUGGAAGCUUGGCGAGACCUUUAUGUACAUCGUCAGGUAUAUGGGAGGGUCUAAGGAUGAAGUGUCUCAGUACUAUUAUUUUGAGGCAAUCUUCAGCCAGCCGACGGUAGCUUACCCCAUACCUCAGGCCCAAGUUUCUGUAUUCUUCAGACUGGAAGAUAAGCAUAUCGAGCCCCCAGACGAGCGAGGCGUGCCAUUGAUGUACUUCAGGGUCGAAGGCCACUACACGGAACACGACAUGCGGUACGUAGCACUCUCCGCUGACUGGAUCCUGGCCAUGAUCAAGAUGAAGAUCAAACUGUUCCAAAGGAUUGAAGCUAUACGAAUAUUUUAAUGGCUUUCUUAAUUUUAGCGUUUUUCGCUGUAGGUUAUUUAUUUUAGAGAUGCUUUUGGAAAAUUCUUCUUUACGUUGAAGAACUGGAAUAAUCGAUAAAGGAACUUUAGCGUUUCACUUUUAGUCUAUUAGUCUUAACCUUUCCGAGAAUGUUAUCUAGAAUCUAGUCAUUUGCAUUAAUUACCUUUGGACUUAAUUGACAUCCAGUCUUUUUAUUAGUCUUGUUGUGUUCCAUGUAAAUUUGGGUGGAGUAUCAGAAAUAUAUCA